AUGGCUGGUGGUAAAGCGGGUAAAGAUUCAGGCAAAGCCAAGGCGAAAGCAGUAUCCAGAUCAGCUAGGGCAGGAUUGCAGUUCCCUGUCGGAAGAAUACAUAGACAUCUUAAAAAUAGGACAACAAGUCACGGCCGUGUUGGUGCUACAGCGGCGGUAUAUUCAGCAGCUAUUCUGGAAUAUCUUACUGCCGAGGUUCUUGAGUUGGCGGGGAAUGCAUCGAAGGAUCUUAAGGUGAAACGUAUCACUCCUCGGCACUUGCAGUUAGCCAUCAGAGGAGACGAGGAGCUGGACAGCUUAAUCAAAGCCACCAUUGCUGGAGGUGGUGUCAUCCCACACAUACACAAAUCACUCAUUGGGAAAAAAGGUGGUCCUGGAGCACCUGUUUAA